AUGUACUUCAAAUUACUUCGACUGUCGCUGUCCGCUGCUACUACUCGCUACACCAACUUCACCAGUUCAUUUUGCACCACUCAUCAGCUUUUUAAGUUUGUCCCUGAUAAAAGCAAAGUUCCACCGCUUGUAGAAGAUGACAUUGAAGAGCAGUUUGUCACUGGAAGCGGUCCCGGCGGCCAGAAUGUAAAUCGACUGCAAAACUGUGCUCAUCUGCGACAUAUUCCCACUGGCAUUGUUGUCAAGUGUCAUCAAGACCGCACGCUUCAGCGAAACCGCCAACUAGCUCGGCAAAUGCUUCUCGACCGUCUCGACCAGCACCUAAACGGCGAAGACAGCGUAUCAGAGCAAAAGAAGCGCUACAUUCUCACUCGAAAAGCCAAUCGUGACCAGAAGGCUGCCGAUCGUCGAUCGCUUAAAAAGCACUACCAGGAAACAUUGAAGCUGAAGCACAGCGCAAGCGAGCACAACUCAGAAGACGAGGAGUCAGAGACUUUAAAGUCCUAA